GCAGGGGCGGACCUGUGGCUCUCAGCCGCACACUUGGUUUCACUAUGCGCUCGUAAAAAAAAAAAAAAAAAAGGAAAAAAAGGAAAAAAAAACCGGGCUCCUCCGUCUACUACGAACGCGGCGGUGCAGGUGUCUCUGUCUCUUCGGGAGAGGAGGAUGCGGAUGGAAGGACGCGGGUGGGAAGAAGACGAAGAAGAAGACGAAGAAGGGAUGAGGGGAACCGCCGCCGCGAGGACACAGGGAGACGACAGGAUAUGAGAAGAGCGGGCGAGAGGCAGAGAGCGAGAGCGAGCGCGCGAGGUGCAAGGUCGAAUAUGAGAGAUUGGUCGAACGGGGCACUUUGCGUGGCGCGAGCUGGUCGGUGAUAGUACUAUGAUUUGGUAUGUGGCCACUCUGAUAGCAAGUGUGUUCAGCAGCAGAGGAACCGCCGCUCAAGGUGCCCACGCAGUGAGAGACGAGCCCCGGUUUGUGACGGCGCGCGCCGGAGAGAGCGUGAUCCUGGGGUGUGACGUGUCCCCUCCCCUGGACGGCCAGCAGCCCCCCUAUGUGGUGGAGUGGUUCAAGUUCGGAGUGCCUAUUCCCUUCUUCAUCAACUACCGCUUCUACCCUCCUCAUGUGGAUCCAAAGUACACUGGUCGAGCCUCCCUGCACGGGAAAGCCUCCCUGCAGAUCGACCCGGUGCGCUCCGAGGACCAGGGCUGGUACGAGUGCCGGGUCCUGAUGCUGGAGCAACAGUACGACACCUUCCACAACGGCAGCUGGGUGCACCUCACCGUCAACGCCCCGCCUUCAUUCACAGAAACGCCACCUCAAUAUGUGGAAGUCAAGGAAGGGGGAAGCACUCUACUCAGCUGCUCCGCCCAGGGAAAUCCAAAACCAAUGAUCAGCUGGCUGAGGGAGGGGGAGGAGCUCGUGAACAACGCUAAAUAUUCAGUACACGACGGCAGUCUGAGCAUCCUCGCCAUCACCAGAGACGACAGAGGAGCGUACACGUGCCGAGCCUACAGCGACCAGGGCGAAGUUCUCCACACCACGCGUCUGCUGGUUCAAGGACCUCCAUACAUCGUGUCACCGCCAGAAAAUGCCACCGUCAACAUUUCCCAGAAUGCACUCUUCACCUGCCAAGCGGAGGCGUAUCCUGGCAACCUGACCUACACCUGGUACUGGGAGGAGGACAACGUCUACUUCAAGAAUGACCUGAAGCUGCGAGUGCGCAUCCUCAUCGACGGCACCCUCCUCAUCUACCGGGUCAAACCCGAGGAUGCUGGGAAGUACACCUGCAGCCCGAGCAACAGCCUCGGCAUCUCGCCCUCAGCAUCGGCCUACCUGACUGUUCAGUAUCCUGCCCGGGUGAUCAACAUGCCCCCGAUCAUCUACGUCCCUCGGAAGCUGCCUGGCAUCAUCCGCUGCCCGGUGGACGCCAACCCACCUGUGACAUCAGUGAAGUGGGAGAAAGAUGGCUAUCCUCUGCGGGUCGAGAAGUACCCCGGUUGGAGCCUGAUGCCAGAUGGAAGCAUCCGGGUGGCGGAGGCCACAGAAGACUCCCUGGGCACCUACACCUGUGUGCCUUACAACGCCCUGGGUACCAUGGGCAUGUCCCCCCCUGCCAAUUUGGUGCUAAAGGAUCCCCCUUACUUUAACGUGAGGCCUGGGGGGGAGUAUCGUCAGGAGGCUGGCAGAGAGCUAGUUAUCCCCUGUGCUGCUUCUGGAGACCCUGAUAUACCAUCCAUCACCUGGAGAAAGGUGGGGAAGCCGAGCAGGAGUAAGCACAACAUCCUCCCCAGCGGCAGCUUACAGUUUGUGUCCCUCGGCAAGGAAGACCACGGAGAAUGGGAGUGUGUCGCCACCAAUGUGGUCACUAGCAUCACUGCCAGCACGCGUAUCCUUGUUAUCGGAACCAGCCCACACGCUCCAGGAAAUAUCUAUGUCUUACCCUCAACCACCUCUGCCAACGUGUCCUGGGAACCAGGCUACGACGGCGGCUUCGAGCAGACUUUCUCCGUGUGGUACGGUCCAGUGUCAAAGAGAACAGACUUCGGUCCUCAUGACUGGCACUCCAUGCCGGUCUCUGGUGCUCAGACCUGGUUGCUGGUGCCGGGGCUGGAGCCUGGGACUGAGUACCAAUUCAGUGUGUUGGCGCAGAACAAACUGGGCACCGGUCCGUUCAGUGAAGUUGUGACAGUCAACACUGCAGGUUCUCCUCUCGGUACCCCAGAACCACUGGUGCUUCUUACUCCACCACGGUGCCUCACAGCCAAUCGCACGCAGCACGGUGUCCUACUCACAUGGCUCCCGCCGGCCAACCACUCGUCACCCGUCGACCGCUACAUCAUGGAGUUUCGUCUCGGGGAGAGGUGGGAGGUUCUGGACGACCUGAUCUCGUCCACGGAGACCGAGCUCAUCGCCAAAGACCUCGUUCAGGACUCCUGGUAUGAGUUUCGAGUCAUGGCCGUCAUGGACGACCUGAUCAGUGAGAGCAGCAACGUGGUGGGCGUGUCCAGCACUGAUCCCUUCCCUCCUGCUGAGUUACCUGAAGAAGGCCUGGCUCGGCCCGUGGUGGCCGGCGUCGUGGCGACCAUCUGCUUCCUGGCAGCGGCAGUUUUGUUCAGCACUCUGGCGGCGUGCUUCGUCAAUAAACAACACCGGCGCAAACUCAAACGUAAACCAGAUCCUCCCUUGUCGGUGACACACUUCAGGAAAAGCAUCGAGUCUCCGUUAUCAUCUGGGAAGAUAAGUCCAGAGAGCUCCCCUCCAUCUCGUCCUCGCUCUCUUUCUUCGGAGGGUUCCCAUGGACCAGGCCUUUAUGUCAGGAAGCUGCCCAGCCCUCAGAGUGAAAAAGACAAAGAGCUCUCCUUCUACAAGAAAACCAAGCGUGCCAUAGCCAGCAAGAAAUACAGCGUUUCUAAGCACGAAGCAGAGGUCACCACACCUAUCGAGCUGAUAAGCCGUGGCCCUGACGGCCGCUUUGUGGUUGAUACCAGCCCGCCACCGCGCCGCAUCCAGGGCUUCCCCUUCGCAGAGGAGUCUGACAUGUACCCCGAGUUCCGGCAGUCUGACGAGGAGAACGAUUUUGACCCAGGGCCGCUGCCACCCAUCAUGCCCACGCUGCGGCCCCAGCUCUCUCCAACAUCCUCCAGCCUGGAGUCAACACAGCCCCCCACCUACAGCCCCCGCCUUCACAGGGCCAUGGAAGGUAUGAGCUUUGCAGACAGCAGUGCUCUUCACGCCUCGGGGCAGGCCCCGGCCUCCCGCUACAGGGGCUUCCCCCAGGGCCCGUUCUAUGGGUAUCUAGGCAGCCGUGCUGAAUCAGGGAUUCCACCACCAUUCUAUAUGCCUGACAUCAGCCCACGUAGCUCCGCUCUGUCCUCCCCCCCAGGCACCGCCGAGGGCCCCUUCGGUUACCCGUCAAUCCCAGAAGAGAGCGGGGAGCUGGAGCACCAUCAGUACACUGCCUCUGGCCACUCUCUGUCUCACACUCACAGCCCUCCGUCGCACUCGCCAGACAGCUGGCAGCCUCACGAGCUGCCCUUCCUGGGUCUGGAGGGUCCACGCUUCAUAUACCCACCUCAUCAUCCUUUACAUCACCCCCAGGAUCUCCCUGACCCUCCCCCUUACCCUCCUCACUCUCUUCCUCCUAGUCGCCUGCACCUCCCUUCCCUGAAGGAUCCAACAAGCCCUGGACUCCUGCAGCUGGAGGUUCCUGUGGCUCCCCCCGGCAGAGACAGGCCCCCAGGGCCUCCGGUUAGGCGUUUAGCUAUGCAACAGGCCCAAAGUCUCGGCCAGCUCAGACACACGUCCCACGGUGUGGGUGUACCAGUGUUGCCUUACCCCGACCCGGCAGCCCGUGCAGGGAGCCCAAGCACAGCCCCCAGUAGUAGUCCUCAGUCCUGGCUCAGCCCGAGGGCGGGGCGCCGGGCAGACCCCAGCCUCCCGCCGCUCGUCCUCCAGCCCUCUCGCCUCUCUCCGCUCUCCCAGAGCCCGCUUAGCACCCAGCCAGGUUCUCCAGACAUUCUGGUGCGGCCUCCUCCGCGCCCCAGCAUCCUCCGCACCUCUCGGUCUCUGGAGAUGCCUGAGAUCGGCCGGCAGCCCUCGGCCACUGUCAGUUUCUCGCGCAGGUCAUCCCUGAGCGCCUCCCCCACUCAGAGCCAGGGCGGCAUGCAGCCCAGCCCCAGUUAUCGUGCCCACUUGUCAUACGCCUCCACCGCAGCCAGUUACCCCUCCCAGUCCCCCUCACCCCCUUCAGAGGGCAGGGAUGUUUUCGGGCAGAGGCCAUCCCAGAGAAGGACAGAGGAGGAGAUGCUGCCCUCAGAGCCCCCACAGCUCCAGAUCUCAGCCUCAGGGUAGGUGCUCUAACUCCAGCUGUGAAUAGUCACACAUUUACUUAAAGAGGAGACUCGUCUCCACAUCUGCUCUUUAGUCCAGACUUCCUCCACAGUUUUAAAUUCUACCCAUUUGAAGAAAAGUUGGGACACUUUCAAUAGAACCUAAAAUGUGUUAUUUUGGUAAGAGGUUUGAACUUUUAUUUUACAGACAAAAGGGUGGACAUUGAUGUCUGCAACACACUCAGAAAAAGUUGGGAAACUACAGAGGAAACUUCACCACUGGGUCACCGCACCAUUUCUUUAAAUUACAAUCAUUUGGGAGUGAUUCUCCUCUUCAUGAUGUGCUUUACGCGAGUCAGUUCUGGACUUCAGGCGGACUAGUCAAAGCCACACAUUCCAUGUCUAUGAAGCCACAUGGAGUUCCUGGUCUUGACAGGAGCAUAAUGUGUCUCCAGUAUUGAAAUAUCGUACGGUAUAAAUAUGGUACCUUCAUAGAUCACCCAUGCCGUGAGCACUGAUGCUCCUCCAUACCCACCACACACACUGGUCUGGAUGGUCUUUGGCAAGUAGAACCCGACGUGUUUCUACUGAGUUCAGGUCCUGAGAACUCAGUUUCUAAAAUCCAGUGAUGGAUUGUCUUAAAGGAAUACUUCACCGAUUUGCAUUUAGCUUUGUAUUACUAGAAUAGGGGUAGUAUUUUUUGAAAGAUUUUGCUUCCCACCCACAGUUUUCACUGAGUCUAGAAAUAUCUUCAUUCU